AUGCGAUUCCUCUUAGGUCGAUCCUCGAGGGGCUAUCGUCAGCUACCCCAGUAUGAAGAUCAGAAUGUGUCCCUGAACGGCUCGCCUACUUCUCGCCGAUCCAAAGCAGGAAGAUUGACCAAAUGGAUCAUCGGCGGCACCACCUUGUUGAUAGCAGCUGGGUUCGCAGCUCACAGCCUCGCACCCUUAAUAGAAUCCUUCGGAUACAAUACUGGCGAGGGUCCGUCUCCCGACAAGGUUCUCACCACACAGCAACUGCAAGCACUGCAAUCUGGCAACCGUUCCAUUUCAGUCGGCGGGGAUCGACGUCUUCGCAUCUUCAUGCCUGCGGACUCGCCUCACAUUAACCUGUGCAAAUCUGUAAUGUCGGCAGUUGCCUUGGGGUAUCCCGCACCGAUCCUAUUGAAUUGGGGAGGCGAAUUUAAUCGCCCUGAAUGGCACUUGGCUGGCAGCCACAUUGCGAAACUCGAAAGCCUCCUGUCUGUCAUUGAGAAUAUGCUCUCCCUCGUCGAGGGUGAAGAUGGCGAUGUGCACGAGGAUGACCUGGCGGUUCUAGUUGACGCUUACGACGUUUGGUUCCAGCUACCUCCCUCGGUCCUUAUCCAACGGUACCACCUACUUAACCGGGAAGCCGACGAGAGAGUUCGACGCCAAUGGGAUGCUGCUCAAGGCUUUGCUACAGACUUUCCUAUUAAACCACCUAAGCAGUCCAUCAUUGUCACCACGGCCAAGGACUGUCACCCCGAUAGCGACUCUGGAUCUGAUCCGCACUACUCCCACUGGCCCGAGUCGCCAAUGCCUUCCGACAUGUACGGGGCUGGCACCGACAAAGUGUUGACGAUGCCCUUCGAUCCAGCCCGAAAAUUUAAAAAGGUUCGACCGAGAUGCAUCAAUAGCGGCAUGGUCAUGGGCACAAUGGGCUCCCUAAGAGACGCCCUCAUUCGUGCCAAAGCCAAGGUGGAAACCGUCACUCACCGGGGAAGACAACUCUGGAGUGACCAAGCCCUCUUUGGUGAAGUCAUUGGGGAUCAGGAAAUGUGGCGAGAAUGGAUGCGCGAGCUCGGUGCCACAUGGAACGGAACCGCUUCCGAAAACCAACUCUCUCGUCUACCGCACGACGUGCGCAAAAUUGCCAAAGCGGCAAUGAAGGGGGACCGAUUCGAGUACGGUAUCGGUCUGGAUUACAGCUUCAGCACAAUACCACCUACGUGCUCUGCCGAAGAGGACGGAAAUUUCGUAAAAAUCAACGACAAACAGGCAUUACAGGAAGAAUCAAUCAAAGCCGGCGUUCCAGACGGCCAAGUUCGCGUCAUGGGUAUCCCUACCGAACUCGAACAAACCAAAGUUGGUCCUGAGAACUUAUCAAACAUUAAAUGGGGCGACAUGUCUCUCUACACCGACUUCUUCUUUGGCGUCACACCCGUUGGCAUCCACCACAAUGCCUACGUGAAUAACCUCAAGUCGACUCGCCUCAGAGAGUGGUGGAGCAAAAUGUGGUUCUACCCGCAACUACGAAACCUCGUCGCACAAGCUCUCCUUCCCAUUGAUGCGAGAAACACGCUUCGACCGCUCGCCAGAAUACCAGGACCAGGCGAGAAAGACAAGGUGACGAGAUACUGGAUUCCCAAGACCGACCUCCGCAACAGAAUGGUCAAGGUAUUUGAGCCGGCUUCCGUCGACGCCAAAUCCGGCGGCUCCUACGCCUCCAUUGAAUGGGAGGGAAUAUGCCAACAGAGCGGCAAGAAGCCUUGGCAUGAAGAGAUCUUUGGCGAUAAGAAGGGCCCGUGGCAGCUGUGA